AGGGAAAGAGAACAAAGGGAAAGAGAUAGUGGUUGGGGGAAGUGGAACAAAAGCGUCCAACACUAAAUCAAAAACCUAUUUCCUUGAAAAUUAUAAAGUGCAAAAUUUGAGUGGUAAGUGCAAUGUGAUGAAAACUAUGAUGUUGGGAUUAAAAGAAGGGGAGCACGUUAAGGUACAUUGCACUAAAAGGACAUUCAAUAUGGAAAAGGACUUUGAAAUUAGUGUCACCGUUGAAGACACCGAUCAACUUCUCUCGGGAGCAUGGCUCAAUAUAUCAAUAAUACAAGUUUUUGCUACGGCUUUGAGUGAGUUGUGUUUUCACGAUGAUUGUCACCCCAAUAGUAUUGGAUUCAUGUGCCCGGAGAUGAUCUCGGCCACCAUGUUAAAGUCCGAUGCAGAUCGAAUUCUAUUGUACAUGACGAGGUCCAUGAGUGCACUUAGUUCUAAGACAUUCAUCUUAUGUCCAUACUACGAAAAGUAUGAAAAUUACUUUGAACUUCGUUUUUAAUUGAUUGUUAUAAAUUUAACUUUUUUUUUCUAACUACAUACGUUUAUUGUUUGUAUGUAGGAGUCACUGGAUGCUUUUAGUUCUUUGCUUGUCUAAACGUGAGGUCUACAUAUUUGAUUCUCAACAGAAGAAGAGAAAUUUGAUGAUU